CCCUUAACGUCGUCCCGGUUCACGUUUCGUUGUUAUGUUGCUGAGCUAUUGGAGAACAUACCCAUUUAAAGUUGCGCAGUGUUCGGCUAUAGCGUUGUUUGGCCGCUGCCUGCUAAUGGGUUUUAAGUGGCUGUUUUAGACACGCUGCCAUUCUUGGAGCUGCUGUUCAGGAGCCUUAAGUCCUUUUUGGUGUCACUUCUUCUCAGGAUAGCAUCUCCAUGCUGUAGGUUUGGGAACAUGGCCAGUAAGAAACUGAGAAGAGCAGGAUUGGCACAGGAGCUUUGUGAAAGGCUGAGUCGGCAUCAGAUUAAUACCUGUCAUGACUUUCUGUGUGUCUCAUUCUUGGAGCUAAUGAAAGUAACUGGACAGAGCUAUCAAAAUGUGCAGAAGCUUCUUUGCAAAGUCAGUCGAGCCUGUGCCCCCAAAAUGCAGACUGCUUAUGAUCUGAAAAUGAAAAGGGCUGUUAAUCCCUUCUCAGCCUUCUUGUCCACCACCCUGGAUAGUUUGGAUAAAGCCUUGCAUGGUGGAGUGGCCUGCGGAUCUCUCACUGAGGUAACUGGCCCACCAGGUUGUGGCAAAACUCAGUUCUGUAUUAUGAUGAGUGUGCUGGCUACUUUGCCUACCAGGCUGGGAGGACUAGAUGGGGCUGUCAUAUACAUUGACACAGAGUCUGCAUUCAGUGCUGAAAGGUUGGUUCAGAUAGCAGAACAUCGGCUCCCUAAUUAUUUUGUCACAGAAGAAAAAUUGGUUUCUAUGACCCGUAGCAUCCAUCUAUAUCGGGAGCUCACCUGUGAGAGUGUACUGAAAAGGAUUGAGUCUUUGGAAGAAGAAAUUAUUUCGAAGAAAGUUAAACUUAUAAUAAUUGAUUCUGUUGCUUCAGUAGUCAGAAAAGAGUUUGAUACCAAACUUCAAGGCAACCUGACAGAGAGAAGCAACUUUUUAGCUCGAGAAGCAUCAUUGUUAAAGUAUUUGGCUGAGGAAUUUUCAAUACCAGUUAUCUUGACUAAUCAGAUUACCACACGGUUGAGCAAUGGCCUUGCUAUCCAGGCAGACCUGGUGUCUCCAGCUGAUGACUUGUCCCUGUCUGAAGUUUCAGGAGCACCUGGGAGCAGGAAGAUGGAACCUGGGUGUAUGAUGGCAGCACUGGGGAACACAUGGAGUCACAGUGUCAACACUAGGCUCAUACUGCAGUAUCAUGACUUGCAGACAAGGCAGAUCCUGGUUGCUAAGUCCCCUGUUGCUCCAUUUUCAGCUUUCCUCUACACCAUUGAGAAAUCUGGUUUGGUUCUUCAAGCUGAUCUCAGAAGCAGUCGUUAUGAUGGUGUCACUCUCCAUUGUCAUUUAGUGCUGCAAAUUCCACUGAAACCUAGCACAGAAAAGAGAAAGAAGGAAAACCACAGGUCCCACCUGUGCACUGUUUUUUUGAAGCAGUUCAGUGUUCUGGAAAAGGAAUAUAUAAAGCAAGAUUAAUAAUAAGCCAACUUCCUCCAAAAGGACUCUAUGCUAUGCAGCAUCAUACAAAUUCAUCACAGAAAAGACCUAUUGUAGAAUUGGGUGCACCAGUCUGUUAGCACAGUGUUUUUCUCUCUCAUAUAUUUUUUAUUAUUGCAUCCAGUUUGUUUUUAAAUUUCCCAAGCAGUGGGGUUUAUACGACUUCCACUGGGAAAUUAUGCCCAGCUUAAUACAUCUCACUAUCUGGAAGCUUUUCCUGACAUUCUUCUAAACUGUCUUUAAAAAAAUUUAUUUCAGUGCUCCUAGCUACACCCUUGCUGUCCCUCCAAACUAGUUCAUUCUGCUGAAAUAACAAUCCCAUUUUUCCCUUAAAGGAGUUGGUGGGCAGAGGCAGUCUGCUGUUUGGCCUGUGUGCUUUCAGCUCUAAUUUCUCUCCCCCAUCAGUGGAAGGGGUGGAGGGGCAUAUUUUUCCUUUCCGCUGAGCAAUGAAAAAAUAGCUGUUUGCCAAAAUCUUUAACCUUGGCCGUAUACACUCACAGAUGUUUUCUACAAUAUAAACAAAGACUCUAAGAAUGUAGGGGUGUGUAUGGAGGGGAAAGGUAGUCAGGAUGGAGGGAAGAGAUCAAGUGGGAGAAAUACAGCUUGAAGCACUCCACUGUAGUUUGAUCCCUUUCUGAAAUUUAGAAGAGCAGCUUGCAGUGCUGUAAGGAGCAGUGCCAGCUGCAAAAUUAUUAAGUUUAAUAUGAUCAUGCAUGUUAACUCUGCCUGUUAGUCUAGGAAACUUUAAUGUGACAAAUCACUGCAGUCUCUAGAUCCCAUACAUGCAAAUGAAGCAACAAAUACAGCAGAUAAGACUAAAUCCCCAGUCUUCCAUUGCUUACACAUUUUCCUAAGUAGAACUGCUCUGGUUUAUCUCCAAGAGAAAUGCACCCUAAAGGCAGCAAAACUAGGGCUCACCCAUAAUUCAAAUGAUAGCAAUUCCCACAGUAAAGUGUCUGCCAUUGAUAAUGUCCAACAUCUGAGAGUUUCACUCUGAGCUCUGCCUGCCACAGAGUCUCUGUUGAUUGUGGUUGUCUCAGUGAUCAGAGAGGUCAUCUUAGAAAUAGCCUGGUUUAGCUGAUUAAGACCUUUAAAGAUUAACGCCAGAACCUGGAGGAACACAUGGAGUGGCGGGGUUCUGAGAGUUGGGAAAGGUGUGAUAUUGCUUGGUACAGGCUGUUGUAGCUCAGACUAACUGAAGUUUCCAGAUGAUUUUCACAGUCAUCCUAGUUAUAGUGUAUUGCAGUAGCAUGACAUGGAGGAAUCACUGUGCCUAGGUCACUAUCUGAAUGGAAAGAAGAUGAGUUCCCACCAGCUAAUAGAAACAUUUCAGGCCACUGCUGCUGAUUGAGUAUCAAGGGGUAGCCAAGAGCCUGGUAAGAUGGUCAUGAGACUGGCAGCUGGAGGGAGUGAUGAUAUCCAGGGUGUUCAUAUAAGCCCUUGUCUAAGCAGAAUGUGCUUUGGUCAAAUGAAUGAGAAUAUUGAUUUGCAUAUAAAACAAGCGCAAGUCUCUAGCUCAUUUCCUUGUGAAAAGAGUCUUGAGAGCAAAUUAAUAAAAGUUCAGUGUAACUUUCUGUGUCUGAAAUGACCACUUGCUGUGUCUGAAAAGAUCAAGUAUGCAGACUCUGCUUCAGCAACAGCAGCCUUAGAUGAGAACCUGAAGAUCUCUUGUAUGGUCACACAUGCACAAAUUACAAAGAAUGAACAGUUAGGUUUGGGGUGUGUACUGAAGGAAUCUCCCCUCAAAUCCAGUGGGUCAGCAGGUAGCCUCUGAGAUGGGGAAAGGAGUGGUAGUGGAAGGCUCAGUGGUUUGGGGGAGAGAAUAUGGAAUCAAUGUGUUCUAGUUUAGAAAAAAAACUACUGAAACUGCGGGUGCAUGACAAGGAUAAGAAUAUGGAAGAGUUGGGGUAAUUUUGACUAGAAAGCAUUAGUAUAUAUCUGAUGGUUUUUGAAGGUACAGGGAAGAAGGGGGGUGGGGGGCUACAGCUGCAGGUAGGCACUUGCAUAUGGUUUGCAGAGGGAAAAGGUUUUUUGCAUAAGACAUGCCCACAAUUUUGACCUCAUACCCUUACUAGGAAGUAGAGAAGGAAUAUUUCUAAUAUUUCUAUUUGUGUGCUGAGUAGCCAGAUUUUACUCUACAUGCAGUGUAUAAAUAUAGAAAUGAAGAAAUAUACUUUGAACCCUGCUGUUUUGUGAGGUUGUAUUUCAAGGACAGUUAAAGUGUUGGGGUUUCUUUUCAUCUCUGAACAACAUGUCCCAUUAAGUAUAUCUGGGUUUCCCUACUAUGCAGCAAUUUCAUUUCCCCUUUAAAAGGGGAAAUGAACUACAAAAAUAUAACACAAUGGGAAUGAAUAAAUAUGCGGUUUGAAUAUAGCAAAGCGUCAGCUCUAUUCUAGUUAGGGUUGGGCCUUGAUUUUAGCUUAAAGGUUGACUCCCUAAGUGCCCAAAAAUAUUUAUGCUCCCUCAGAUGACUUUAGAAAUACUGUCAAGGAAAUCAGCAUUGAUUGCAAAGAUGAAAUAUUGUUAAAAAGGUAGGAUACUAUGAUCAUGAUUCCUGAACAAGGAAAUGAAGUGUGAUCAGAGCUUAACAGAGGCAUGGAGGGUCAAGGCCAAGGAUGGAAGAAGCAUGUGGGGGCAAUUAUAGAAAUGACAGUGCCUAAGAGAACGUUGGUGUUUCUGGAGCAGUGUCUGAGCAGUUGAAGGGAAGAUGGGGGUUGGAGCAGUGAGGGGGACAUACUGGGGAAGUGAUGGAGCAGAUCAAGGCACAGAUGGAUGGAAAGAAGAGGUCAGAACUGUGCAGUAGGGAAUGGCAUCCCUAUCUCCCAUCCCUGUCAUCCAUGGAUUCCCCACAUCUUUGUCCCCAUUCAAAACAAGAGGCCAGUGACUCGGUAUUAGUCCCUGCCCUGUCCUGUUUCUUUCCCCCAGCUCUUCAAUGUGUGCACUGAGCAGGAGCCAGGCUGGACAGGACAGGAAAAGAGACAGGACACAAUGCAGGGGCACUGAAUGGGCAAAUAUACUUUCUGAGGCUGGGGUAAUCAUUGUCAAGGAGGCCAAGGCACUGAAGGGGGAGAGCUUGCCUGUAAUACUUGGGGUGCUGAAAAAUUAGUAUUAAAAAACCCCCCAAGGAAAUCAAAUGCUCCAGAACUUUUGCACAAAGCCAGUGUGGUUCCAUGUUGCCUCAUGCCUCCACCAAACUUAAAAAGGUUGAGGGCUUUUAAUAUAUAAGCAGCCUUUUAGCUUCUCUGAUUUCAUUG